AUGCACCAAAGGUCUUUCCAGCAAUCUCCUUGUUCCAUUUCAGUGAGUAAAGGAGGACAAGGGUCAUCAAGAAAGAUGUUCUUUGUGGCCGGGGCUAAAAAUACAGCAUCAAGUGGCGUAAAUGAAAGGAGGUUAAUUUAUCAGAAAUUCCGUGAGGUUAAUUUACUGGGCAAGAAAAAGACAGUGACAGCGCUCAAGCCCGGUGAAGAUCGAGCUAUUCUCCUGGGUAUUGGAAUGAUCCUCUCCUCCGUCAUGAUGUACUUUGUGCUUGGGAUCACUAUAUUACGCUCAUAUGCAGAAAGUGCGUGGACAGAAGAGGGUCUGUGUGUUGUUCUCAACUCCACCAUCACAGCAGACAUUAACUGUUCCUACAACUGUGGCUCAGACUGCUGGAGAGUCUCCAAAUACCCCUGUCUGCAGGUCUAUGUGAACGUCAAUAACACAGGCCGCAUCAGUCGAUUAUCUCACAAUGAAGAGACACAGGAUGCCAGCUUGGAAUGUUUCUAUGUGCCGAGAUGCCAGAAGGACAGCGCCCAAAUGUACACCAUGAUCAUGAACAUCUCCGAGCGUCUGAAGGUCAACCAGCAGGUUCCCUGCUACUAUGACCCCAGCGAGCAGCAGGAGACGGUUCUUCUGACUCGGCUCUAUGACCACAGCGUCAUCUUCCACUCGCUGAUGUGGCCCUCGUGCAUAUUUGUUGGAGGGGCCCUCAUAAUUGUGAUGGUCAAACUCACACAGUACCUCUCCAGACUGUGCGUAGAAAUCGGGAAGAUCAAGAGGUGA